AUGGAUUCUAUGAACAAUAUUAGAAAAUUUGAUGUCACGGUUAGAUAUGCAAGCCUGGUAUCAUUUAUUCUGGUGAUCAUGUUGCCACUGAGCACCAGCUACAUCGAUUGUCGGAUAUCUUGCAGACGUUGCCACGAAAACACAGAACAUCCCUCUGUUCUCGAAGUAUACUGCGCUAUGUGUGAAGAAUGCAAGCAGAGGAGACGGGAGAAGCUCGUAAGCAAGACAGGUCAACAGUCAUCAUCAGGUUCUACCAGAACUGCUCGUAAGAAGCCUAUGAUGUUUCCCAAAGUAAUGCAAACAAGCGCCUCCCAACCGCCCGAACAACAUACGUCGCCACCGUCAGAAUUCCAUACGCCGUCGGAAUACCACACGCCGUCGGAAUACCACACGCCGUCAGAAUACCACGCGCAAUCACAAUAUCGGACAAUACCACAACAUCGUAUACGAUCAGGACAUCUUAAGCCUCAAGUGGAUCGUGCACCGCAAGUAGUGCAGCACUCGCCACAUAUCAUUCACGAACAAGAAGAAGCACAUGAUGAACUAGCAGUUCCAGCUCAAGAAACACAAGUAGCUAACACACCGUAUUUACAUAAGAGACAUAAGGGACUGCAGAUACGUCAAGAAAGUCCUGCCCUGAAACAAAAGAAAGUUAUGAGAAAUGACGAAUCGUGUCAAGAAGAAUCGCAGCCAGUAAAUCAGCAGUAUGUACAAAUGCCUUCACCGUUGCAGAUGCCUAUGGCACCGGCGGGUGGAAUACCUAUGAUGGCACCACCGAUGUUAAUGCCAGGACGUAUAGGUAUGUACCAAGAUUGCCCGUCACCUCCCUUUUGUUCAGAGUCGGAAGAAGAAAGAACACUACUAGAAGUAGAGACACCUAAGUCCACAAUGACUACAACGACGACGACUACGACGACGACCACUACAACUACAACCAGACCACCCACCUACAAAACACCAUGUAUUAUAAAAAGAAAGAUUCCACCUCCUCCUCUACCCAUACCACAGAUGCCAAUGAUGGCGCCUAUGAUGCCACCUAUGGCAGUUAUGGCACCUAUGAUGAUGAGCCCUAUGAUGAUGCCGUGCAUGCCACCGUAUGGGCACCCGUGCAUUACUCACAAAUCACCUGUUGGAGAUCCUCGCCUACUGAAAAAUCAAUUUCACAAACCAGUUAUUCCCGAAGACCCACUUUCUUCAACUACUGCUACUAAUUCAGACUACCAGUUUGUGUAUGUGGGAAUACCCAAAAGUAAGUCGGGAAGCUAG